AUGGUGGUGACUUGCCACUUUGUGGACUCCGAUCGGUUCCUUCAAAAGAGAGUGUUGAAUUUUUGUAACGUACCACAUCCACAUAGCGGUGUUGUUAUUACUAAUGCACUACGAAAGUGUUUUGGUGAUGGGGGCAUUGAAGACAAGGUAUUUACAAUAACGGUUGAUAAUGCUAAAGCAAAUGAUACUGCCAUCAAAAUUCUUAAAGAUGAUUUCGAGUUAAAGAUAAUCUUGCCUAUUGAAGGUAGAUUAUUUCAUGUGCGAUGUUGUGCUCAUGUUAUUAACUUGUUGGUGCAAGUAGGACUUGCUGAAAUUGGAGAGAUAGUUUAUUCAGUUAGAGAGGGUAUCAAGUAUAUAGUGGCUUCUGAGGAUCGGUUGAGAAAAUUUAGUGAUAUUCUUAAAAGAUUGCAACUCCCUGGCAAGAAAUUGAUUUUAGAUGUGCCUACACGUUGGAAUAGCACUUACAUGAUGUUGGCGACAGCCGUACAGUUCAAAGAAGUAUUUUCUAAGUACCAUAAAACUGAUCAAGCUUUUCAGUGGUUAGUAAGUCCUGAAGAAUGGGAGAAGGUUGAAAAUGUGAACCAACUUUUGUCAGUUUUCAAUGAGGUGACCAACAUAGUAUCUGGCAGUGAAUACCCAACUUCAAAUCUAUUUCUACCUGAGGUUUGGAAGAUGAAGGAAAUAUUGUUGUUGAAGUGUAAGGAUAAUAAUGAUUACAUCAGGGCAAUAGCGAGUAAAAUGAGUAAUAAGUUUGAGAAGUAUUGA